GCGGCACCGAGGACGGAGGAAGAGCCACCACACAGGCACCAUGCUCCCUGCAAGGACUGUCCUGCUGCUCACCCUGCUCCUCACCUUCUCCCUGCACCACGCCACAGCCCACUUUCCACCCGUGGAAUGCUGCUUUAAGUACGCACAGAAACGCAUCCGACAUCCUCAGAGCUACUACGAGACAUCCAAAGACUGCCCCAACCCUGCAGUUGUGAUCGUGGCAGCCAGUGGUGAAGAGAUUUGUGCCGACCCCAAGAAGGACUGGGUGGAUAAAAUCAUAAAACGGCUCGAAAGGAAAAAAUAAAUCCAUCCACCAUGUGACUGGCCCAUCCAGCCUUCCUGCCUCUGGAGGGAGCCAACGGUGCUGGCAGCUCUUCUCCACGGGGUGCUGUGGCCGUGAGCACUGUCACUGCAGGAGGAGCCAUCCUGCACCCCGGCAGGAUCGGGUGUCCCAAGCCAUGGACCGGCCACCGAGCUCCUCCUGCUGUCACUGCCCUGCCAAGAUGCGCCCGCGGAGCAAAUAUUUAUAAUAAAGACUCAUUGCCACAAGUUGCUGUUUGAGU